AGCGGCGCACGGCACUGAACAAGAAAUAAUGCGUGGCGUUGCGGCGUCCGCCUCGACACUCCGCCCUGGGCCACCCCCAGCCGUCCGAUCAAAAUCGGACGCCCCAGCCCUUCUCCUCCCGCGGGCCCUCUCGCCGCCCCGCCGCCUCCGCCUCCGGCGACCGCCGGAGCCCACCCCCCGCCUCCGCCUCUUCAUGGCUUCCCCCUCCGCGGCGGCCCCAGGAGGGGACGCUUCCUUGGCCGAGAUGAACUCGGCCGCCGACUUCUCCGCCGUCGCCUGCCCCGGUGGCGGCCGCAUAUCCGUCGUCGGCUUCGGCUCCCUCCUCUCCGAGCGGAGCUCGAGGAGCACGUUCCCGGAGCUGGAGGGGUUCCGGGUGGCGGCGCUUCGCGGGUUCCGCCGCGUCUUCGCCCACUCCGCCCCGAUCUUCUUCGAGCGCGGCAUCGCCAUCGAGGUCACCAAGGAAUUCUCGAGCUUAAGUGUGGAGCCAUGUGAGGGUGAGCUGAUUAUUGUCACUGUAUUUGAAAUAAAGGAGGAAGAGGUCCCAGCAUUCAUCGAGAGAGAGCAUGAGUUUAGAUUUCUUGCGGUUGUUCCUGAAGGACUGGAUGGGGUGCCUUAUGCAAAUCCAGCAGUUGUCUGUGCACGUUAUAGUGAUGAAGAGUAUUUCCAAGUGAGAUGCAAAGGAAGCAAGGAAAUAUAUGAUCAGCGCUAUGGACGAUACAACAUUGAUAGAAUAUGGAGGGAUGAUAUUUUACCCUGUCGUGUUUAUCUUAGACAUUGCGUCCUCGCUGCGAAAAAUCUUGGAGAACCAGCAUACAGCAACUUCUUAGACCACACCUAUCUGGGUGACCGGAAGACCACGAUAAGGGAAUACUUGGCCACUACUGGAGCUGGCAUCAUGGAAGAGGAGCCUCCAGAAUCGCUAAAAAGCCGCUAUGGUGGCUAGCUAGCUCCACGAAGACAGACACCGUCGACUCCACAGCCACCACGAUUGAACUUCCAUUCGCUUUGCUGUCUAUCAAACCGACAGUCGGUGUGUUCCAGGACCCUGCCAAAUAAUUCCUGAUGGUUCAGCCUUCAGCACAUGAGAUCAAAGUUGCGAUUUUUUCAGGCCACACAAGGUUCAGAGGAAGAUGUGAUUCAUGACCCUCAUGAGAGUUGAAUCAUUGAUGUAACGAUGUACCACAAUAAUAGCGACUAUUUUGCCACCACCAGAGAAAUUCUGGAGCCAUAUACAUUGCAGAAAAACGAAGACAAAAUUGAUCUUUUUUC